AUGUCACACAGGAAAAAUAUAAGUGAGUAUUUACAUAAAGGUUUAGUAAGUUUUGAAAUUCCACACUCAAAAAUUCAUAUUGUUUUACGAGAUAAUGCGGCCAAUAUGGUAGCUGGUGUAAGAGACAGUGGUUUUAGAUCAAUACCAUGUUUUAUACAUACAAUACAGUUAUGUAUACAUGACUCAAUUCUGUCGCAAAAAUCUGUUAAGGAUAUUUUAGCUUGUUGCAGAUGUCUGGCAACUCAUUUUCACCAUUCCCCAACAAUAGCAGCAAAAUUAGAAGCAAUUCAGGAACAACUUAGUACAAAUAAGCACAGGUUGAUCCAAGAUAUUACUACAAGAUGGAACAGUUCUUAUGAUAUGAUUGAAAGGAUGCUUGAUCAAAAAGUUCCUUUGGCAACUUAUACAGCAGAUCAUCCUACCCAAUCAACACUAAAUUCAUUUCAAUGGGACUUAUUAGAUAAAGUGUUGCAUAUUUUAGAACCAUUUAAAACUUUAACCAUUAAUUUCAGUAAACGUGAAUCAUAUUUGUCAGAUGUUAUUUCUUCAAUUUUAGCUCUGAAAGAAUUUUUCAAUCAAGCAUUAGUAUGUGAGGCUUUUUUAACAAUAAAUACUUUAGUUGAUUAUUUAAGUGGGUCAGUAGACGAAAAAUUGGGUCCAUAUUUACAUGAUAAAUAUUUAUGUCUUUCCACUUUUUGUGACCCUAGAUAUAAAUUGACAUAUCAAAAGGAAGAUAAGGAUAAAAUAAAAAAUUGGAUAAAUGAACAGAUGCAAGAAAUGCAACAAAGUAAUUUAGAACUUGAAUCCUUAGAUUCUGAUUUUGACGAACCUUCAGUACAUAACACAAAUGAAGUAAUUGCAAAACCAGCUUAUCCAAAAUUCAAUGAAUGUUUUCAGAAAGUUUGUAAACUAAUAACUAUAGAUGAAUGUGAUUUCAAUUUUGUAAAUACUGAAAAUAGCAAAAGGUUAAAAAGAUUAAAUUCUAAUAUACAAAUGAUAAACAAGGAGAUUGAAGAGUAUUUAAAGCUACCUCUUGUCAAGGAAAAAGAAAGUCCUCUCUUGUGGUGGAAAAAUUGUGAAAACUCUUUUAAAAAUUUAAAGAAAAUUACCUAA